AGGUUUUUGAGUACGUAGACAAACGAGAGUCGGUCCCAGUGCGUGAAACAGCGGAGCGACGAGCGCGAGGACGAAACGACGACAAACAAACAAACAAACAAACAAACAAGAGCGACGACAAGAUGGUGGCCAAACAGAGGAUCCGCAUGGCGAACGAGAAACACAGCAAGAACAUCACCCAGAGAGGAAACGUGGCCAAGACGACGAGGAGCCUCACUGAUGACAAAGGUGUGGGGCCGUGGCUGCUCGCCCUCUUCAUCUUCGUCGUCUGUGGAUCAGCCAUCUUCCAGAUCAUCCAGAGCAUCAGGAUGGGCAUGUAGAGUGACGUCAUCGACGGGGGCGGGGCCACGGAGGCGCGGCGAACGCCAACACCGUCUGAACGCCGUGUUGCCGCCCCAACCCGACCAAAACAUUCCUGAACUCUGACCACCGUCACCUGAGCAGACCAACCCCCCGCCCCCCUCCUCAAACAAACCCCGCCCCCCUGACACCAGUUAUCUGUUGAUUUAACCUGUCGCCACCCGCUGUCCUUCUCACAGUGUUCAUGUUUCACUCUGUGCCUUUCUGUGUUUACCUGAGCUUUGGCCCCGCCCCCCUGCGGGGCCAGCUGCAGACCAAAGUGAUGGUGGCGUCUGGACAUGAAGGUCUUUUGAAUCAGAAGGUAGUGAGGAGCUCACAGGUGAGCCUGCACCGUGUGCAGCUGCACCUGAACAUUCCCGAUCACUCAAUAAAGUUCACUUUGAAUACGGA